AUGAAUGAUCAAAUGGAAAUGGAUGAUGAAGUUGCUCAACAAGAUUGUGCAAGUAUGAAUGAUCCAAUGGAAAUGAAUGAUGAAGUUGCUCACAGUGAUCCCCUUCAGACAUCCCCUAAAUGUGAAGAUGAACCGAAAAACCUUUGUCCCCUAAUCCAAGAGGAAGUAGAUAUAUUUUUAUCCAAACUCUAUGGAAAUCCUAGAAUAACUCGUAAACAAGUCCAAGAAAUUAUUAAUUACUCGCAAAACUUAUUAAAAGGUAUAGGGAAUGUCCUAAAGCAGCCCAUCUUAGAACUAUUACAAGCAGCAAAAUCCAGCCCAGAUUUAAUCUUUCACUGGGAAGAUACCCUUGCUUUUCUUGAAAAACCUUUGGAAGCUGUACGCUCAGAACAUUUAAGGCUAAAAACUUUCCAAGAGGAAGGCACUUACAUUGAGCCGAUUGAAAUAACAUUUGGUUCUAAUGCUGGAGCAGUUACCGCUCAAGGUGAACACUCGGUGGAAAUGGUCACAUUUACAGCUCAUUUUAUUCCUCUAAGACAAUCUCUGAAAAUAUUCCUGUCUCAAGUAGAAGUGAUGCCAAUAAUUGUAGAUUUUCUAAAAGAAAUAGACGAUGAAGAGCAUAUUUUUUCACAUUACAUGAAUGCACAAGCUUGGAAAACAUAUAAAACUAGUUGUCAGUCUAAAUUCGUCCUCCCUCUUUUCUACUAUUCAGAUGAGUUUGAAUGUGGCAAUGCAUUAGGGUCCCAUAAAGUCAUACACAAAAUAAAUGGCAAUUACGUGUGUAUGCCUUUUCUUCCAUUCCACUUAGCAUAUACAUUUCAAAAUAUUUUAAUGGUAUAUCUACAUCACAGUACAGAUAGCAAAAUUUUUAGCAAUAAAAAAUUGUAUCAAUGCAUUAUUGAUGAAUUUAGAUACUUAAAUGAAGAAGGAAUUUAUGUAAAUACUCCUUAUUUUACAGGCUCAGUCUAUUUUAAAUUGGCUUUGUACUGCGGAGACAAUUUGGGCUUGCACCAAAUGUUAGGCUUCGUCCCUGGGUUUAUGGCUAAUUUCCCGUGCCGUUUUUGUAAAAUCCAUAGGGACGCUAUGAGACAGCAGUGUGUUGACAAUUUUUCGCUUUGGAGAAACCGUCAAAACUACGAUGAAGACCUAGCAAUUAAUGACCAGUCAAAAACUGGUAUUAGUGAACUUUGCUGUUUUAAUGAAAUUCCAUCAUUCCACUGUACUGAAUCUGGGGGAUUUGACAUUUUCCAUGAUAUCCUUGAAGGAUGUUGUGUGUUCUCAUUUGAAGUUAUAAUAAUGCAUUUGUUAGAGGAAAAAUGUUUUGACUUAAAUACGCUGAAUAGUAGAAUUGAGUUUUUUAACUACGGUUCAAUCGACAAAGAUUCAAAACCUCCUUUAAUUAGUUCAGAUGAGGGUAAAAUAAAAAUUUCCAUGUCAGCUUCGGAAAUGUUUAUAUUCACAAAGUAUUUUGGUUUGAUUAUUGGCGACAAAGUACCUGAAGGACAUGACGUGUGGGCAUUGUACAUUUUACUUCGAAGGAUUAUGGAUAUUUUAAUGUCCCCUGCAAUUUCUACUGAUGAUAUUAAAAUACUUGCAAAUCUUAUCCAGCAGCAUCAUGAACUAUAUUUAAAACUCAGUCCCAAGAAACGCUUAAAGAACAAGAUGCAUCAUAUGAUUCAUUACCCUAGGCUAAUCCAGCUUUUCGGCCCGCCCAUAUAUUUUUGGACUAUGCGAUUUGAGGCUUUUUACCGUUUGGCAAAAGCAAUUGCAUAUUCCAUAAGUACAAAUAGAAACCUUACGUUAUCUCUUGCUAUCAGAGCUCAGCUAGUUUUCCAUUCUUUUUUAAAAUGUCACUCUUGUAUGGAUAAUCGAUUUGACAGUGGGCCUUCAUCAUCUUGCAAGUUGUCUGAUGUAGCAGGCUUUGAUCAAAUAGACAAUGUAGCCCCCUCUGGGGGAACGAUAGUGCAAGUUGUUCCUUGGAUCACUGUUAAAGGUACCACUUUCAAGAAAGGAAUGGUUCUAGUCAUUGGCUAUGAAAACCAUUUAUCAGAUUUUGCACAGAUUGAAACCAUUUUCUUGCAUAAUUCAAAAAUAGCCUUUGUUUGUACAAAAAUGGAAACUAUCAAUUUUGACAAUCAUUUUUAUGCUUUUGAAGUCAAAGUUCACAGAGAGUGUUGUCAGUAUAUUGAACUAGAAAAAGUUGUUCACACCUAUCCAACUGUUAUUAACCCAGCUGCAGGUAAACUUUUCGUUACUUAUAAGUAUGGCAUUUAA